AUGACUAUCCUCGAAGCAUUUUCUUAUUGCAAAUACAGAUACCGCAAUUGGCCAAAAGAUUCUCAAGACAAUGUGGUGUCCGAGUUCCGAGGCUGGCUUGCUCUUGGCGCACCUAUCAACCGUCCGAAUGGUGGUCAUGGAAUCGUCCUGCAUCUUCUUAUUCGGAAUGGUCUCGAUUCAGUUGUUGAGUGCCUCGAGAUAGCACUGCAAGCAGGAGCACGGAUUGAGGACAGAGACGAAUUUUCUUGUGGCCGGAAGACGCCGUUGCAAGUUGCUGCAGAAGUUGGAAAUUUGGAAGCUGUUCGCCUGCUUCUCGGCCAUGGAGCAGACAUCAAUGCUCUACCUGGCAGCGAAUUCGGCCGAACAGCUCUACAAGCAGCGGUAUACGGUUCAAACUAUGAAAACAUACCUGCAAUCGUCGAGCUCCUACUGUCAUUCGGCGCGGAUGUCAAUGUAUCUCCCGCAGAGAAAGGCGGAAUAACGGCAUUACAAGGCGCAGCCAUUAGCGGCAAUAUAACCAUUGCCAAAACUUUACUCGACCAAGGAGCUAAUGUCAACGCCGGACCUGCGGUCGAAGAGGGUCGAACGGCAAUCGAGGGCGCAGCUGAACACGGCCGGCUUGACAUGGUGCGGUUUUUGAUCAGUGUCGGCGCCACAGGAGACCCAGCAAAGGGCUUUGAGAGAGCCAUAGAGCUUGCUGAGAAGGAGCAUCACUUCAUGAUUGCGGAUUUCCUGCGCGAUUACCAGGAUAUGUCUGCUGGGUUUGGCGUGGGGACAGAUGACGUUUCCAAUGAUGAGUUCUUCUCCGAGGCGCCGGCUCAGGGGUUUGUGUUUUCGGACGAGGCUCUGGAGAACUUCCCCUUCUAG